AAGCUACACCGCCCAGUUUGCCCCUGUAGUUUCAGAGGUUGCAGAGGGAGCUUACGGUGCCCUGCCCGACCCCCUAGCUCCAGCUAAGCCGCUCCGUUGGAAAGAUUCCAGGUGUUCAAUCGACGACCCGAACGACUUGACGACGUCUCUCCACGACAAAACCACCCGCCUUCUUUCGCCCAUCAUCACCACCAGCAAACGCCCGCCUCCCGCUCGCUCCUCGACCGCCCCCCGCGCGCAUUCACCCGCGAACGCCGCGUCCUCCCUCGACCCUCGUCCGCUCCCAGAUAGCUCUUCGUCGGCCCCCCCUUCGCCAUGGACGCUCCCGCUCCCGCUCCCGCGCAGGGCUCCUUGAGCUGGCGCCUCAGCGCGCAUCCCAUCACGCUGCUGACCUUCCUGGGCUUCCGGAUAUCAAGCGUCCUCGUCUACUUCCUCGGUCUUUGGCUGACAAGCAGCAUGAUCAUGAUCUUCAUCAUCACCAUCCUCCUCCUCGCCAGCGACUUCUACUACCUCAAGAACAUCGCCGGCCGCCGCCUCGUGGGCCUGCGCUGGUGGAACGAAGUCGACCCCCAGACGGGCGACUCGCAGUGGGUGUUUGAGAGCAGCGAGCCGGGCUCCAAGGACAUCACACCCACCGACAGCCGCUUCUUCUGGCUCGCCCUGUACAUCCAGCCCAUGUUGUGGGUGCUGAUGUUUAUCCUGGCCCUGGUCCAGCUGCAGUUCCUCUGGCUUCCCCUCGUCAUCAUCGCCCUCGUGCUGACCAUUAUGAACACCCUGGCCUUCUCCCGAUGCGACAAGUUCAGCCAGGCAUCCAACAUGGCCGGCAGCGCCUUUGGCGGCAACAUUGCCACCAGCAUCGCCAGCAACAUGGUCGGUCGCUGGUUCACGCGCAGUUAAAGUGGCUGCGACGAACUGGCAGCGGAAAAAGACAGGGGGCAUGUCACGAUACGGGAAAUGUCGCCAAGCGCUCUCUGCUGGAGCUUCGGCUGUGUAGAAUGAGGCUCUUCUUUUUAUUAUCAUCUCCAGGUACCCGGGUUGGACAAGUCUCUCAAGGGGCGAGGCUUGCGGUUAAGCACCCGUUGUAUUAUCAUUAUUUUUAACAUCCUGUAUUCACGGUUUUUACAAGGAGUCGCAGAUGGGUCGAGGGUCUGGUUUUUAUCGUUCUGUCUUCCGUCGCAAUAUCAAAUAUCAUUAGCCUGAAUCUCUGGUAUUACCCCUUACUUGCGCAAUUGAGCUGAGGCAUCUUCAUUUUGUCAUGUACGCACACCUACAAGGGCAAGGCGAAACAAAUCAUGUACACUCGACGAAGAAUACUAAAU